UUAAAAUGCGGGUUUCUGUUUUUUCACUGAUCCCUACAGAAAAAGUGGGUGUGCAGGAGGAUUACAAGCACCAGAACUGAGAUUCGAGAACAAAAAUGUCAAAAUCCAAUCGCUUUUUGCAUAGCCUUUUCCUAAAUAAUGUUGCUCCGAGGGCUCUACUACAACUACAAUUAGUGUAGUACUAGCCUCUAGGCCAGGCCCCCAUCUAAGAGACCACACACACGAAAGCACAAUCACAGCCCCCACCACCAUCACAGCCCCCACUCAGCAGCAGCAGCAGUCACUGCACUAGUCAGCACAGAGCAGAGAGCAGAGAGCAGUAUCUCCACCUGCAAAACAUUGUCCACCCUUUCAACACAAGCACACAACCCCCAAGUUUUUAUAAAUAAUUCAAGGAGUCCCCCUCAAUCCAAUCCUCUCGAUUCUUAUAUACCCACAUAGUACUUAAAAAAAAAAAAAAAAAGAAGAUGUACUCUGUAUUUGGCAUAGAGUAGUUAGUAUUCUGUAUUAUCAUAAAGUAGUCAGUACUUUGUAUAUUUAUUAGACUAAUAAGCAAGCAGUGGUAUGAUCCAUCCGACCAAAAUUUUAAAGUUUCUUAACCAAAAAAAAAAAAAAAACAUUUCCCCAACCUUUUUUCAGUUACUCUGGGGGCCGACGUUAGUAGUAAUUAAUAGUAUUUAAUUAAUUAGUGUUGUUGCUUAUUAGGCUAAUGCCGACGCCGGUGGACACGGCCAGGCAAUGCUUCACAGAAGAAGCGGAGCAAGCUCUGGACGAGGCGGUGGCCGUGGCACGUCGCCGUGGCCACGCCCAAACCACCUCUCUCCACCUUGUCUCGUCUCUCCUUUCACGUCCCUCCUCGGCUCUGCGGGAGGCUUGUUCUCGUACCCGGAACAACGCCUAUUCCACUCGCGUUCAAUUCAAGGCUUUGGAGCUCUGCCUUGGCGUUUCCUUGGACCGCCUGCCUUCCACCCCCAACCCCGUCCAGGAGCCUCCCAUUUCCAACUCUCUCAUGGCCGCUAUUAAGAGGUCUCAGGCUAACCAGAGAAGGCAGCCUGAGAAUUUCCAUCUUUAUCACCCUCAUCAGCAGCAAAACCAGUUGUCUUCUUCUCCGUCCUCCAUCACUGUAGUGAAAGUUGAGCUUCGGAACCUGAUUCUGUCCAUUCUUGACGACCCAGUAGUGAGUAGAGUCUUCGGGGAGUCGGGGUUCAGGAGUUGCGAGAUUAAACUAGCUAUACUCAGGCCACUUCAUCGUCAGAUGUUUCGAUACCCCAAAUACAAAGGGCCACCCGUGUUUUUGUGUAAUUUAGGCGGCGGCGAUGAUGAGCUGGGGAGUCGAGCUUUUAGCUUUCCGUUUGUGGGUUUUUCUGGGGUUUUAGAUGGAGAGGAGAACUGUGUUAGGAGAAUUGCGGAAGUUAUGGUACCGAGGGAUAAUAUCAAAGGGAGGAGGAAUCCUCUGCUUGUUGGCGCAUGUGCUUAUGACGCUUUGAGGACUUUCUUCGAAACGCUGCAGAGGAGGCGGGGCUCAGGUAUUCUUCCACUGGAGCUAUUUGGUGUGGGCGUAGUUUGUCUGGAGAAUGAGAUUUUGAGGUUCGUCAGUGGCACGUGUGAAGAGAGUUUUUUGAAGUUGAGGUUUCGGGAGGUUGAUAAAAUGGUGGAAAAUUGUGUCGGAGCAGGGGUGGUGGUGAAUUUUGGUGAUUUAAGGGCAAUGGCUAAGGAGGACGCGCCAGUUGAUGUUCUGAGGCUUGUGAUUAGCGAAUUGACGAGGCUGGUGGAGAUUCAUGGAGACAAAGUAUGGUUGAUUGGAGCGGCUGCGAGGUACGAGACGUAUUCGAAGCUUUUGAAUAUGUUUCCCUGCGUUGACAAGGAUUUGGGCCUGCAGCUUUUGCCUAUUACUACUCUGAGACUGUCUGCGGCAGAGUCAUGCCCAAGAUCCAGCUUGAUGGAGUCUUUUGUUCCGUUUGGUGGUCUCUUUUCUUCACCUUCUGAGAUGAACGUCUCAUUACGUAGCUUGGACCAUGGUGCAUCGUGCUGCCACCUCUGCAAUGAGAAGUGUGAUGAAGACGUUAAUGUUCUUUCAAAUGGAGGGGUCACAACUUCAGUUGCAGAACAUUGUCCAUCCAAUAAACCUUCUUGGUUGCGGAUGACUGAUUUCACCACACACAGUGGCUUGGACGUUGUGAAGGCCAAAGAUGAUAGAGUGUUAUCGAGUACUAAAAUUGCAGGACCGCACAGGAAUUCAGACAAUAUGUUUCAGCCUCUUCAGUGUAGCCAACCAUCUCCUAAGGCAAGUAGUUGUCAAUUGGGAACUCAAUUUACGUCUGUCUUUGGGUAUCAAAUUCCUGAAGAUGGGAAAACGACUGCCAAAGAUGACCCCAGCAGCCCUGCAAGUACAUCUUCAACUCAAAGUGAUAGUAAGAAUAUAGCUUCAUUCAUGUCAACGGAUGUACAGCAUUUUUCUACAACAAAGCUAAGCAGUCCAACAAAUGUGAACUUUCUAUCCAAAUAUAGUGCAAGUGAAAGCGCCUCAAAAGUGAUAGAGGACAAUGGUCACAGUCCUCCUUUCAGUUCUACCAGUUGUACUGCUCAAGACGGCCUCGCUUCUCCAGCCUCUGUUACUUCAUUAACUGUAGAUCUGAAUUUGGGGAUCAGCAGCUCUUCUGCAAGCACAGAACUGGAGAAACCUACAAAUAGUGGUUGCGUGGAUAUAGUGCAGAAUUGCUCCUCCUCCUUGUCUGCAAAUCCUGAGAGCAGAAAUAUCUGGAGCAACAACACUAGAUCUUCAUCUUGCUCCCAUCCUGAUACCACUGGCCAACUUGAUGGAGUAGAUUAUCAGGAUCUCUAUACAGCUCUAGCCAAAAGGAUUGGUAGGCAAGAAGAAGCUCUAAAAAUUAUUAGCCACACAAUUGCUUGUUGCAAAGCAACCACUGAACGGCACCACAGGGAAAACUGUGGAGAUAUAUGGCUUAAUUUUGUUGGACCAGAUAGGUUAGCCCAGAAGGAACUUGCCAUUGCGCUCUCUGAAAUAUUGCAUGGAAGCAGAGAACACCUAAUCCAUGUGGACCUAAGUUUCCCAGAUGAGAUGAUCCAUGCAAAUGCUACCAUUGAUCUACAGGUGUGGAGUGAUCUUACUGAUGUUUACCGUGGAAAAAACGUUGUUGAUUAUAUUGCUGGGAAACUAUUCAAGAAACCUUUUUCUGUUUUGCUACUUGAAAAUGUUGACAAAGCUGAUUUGCUUGUUCAAAGUAGCUUGUCCAAAGCCCUGAAAACUGGUAGGUUCUCAGACUCGCAUGGAAGAGAAUUUGGCAUUGGCAAUGCCAUAUUUUUGACAACCUCAGAGUCUGCAGAUGGUGAUAAAACCAUAAAUGCUGGAAAAGCUGGCUAUUUUGAGGAAGACAUGUCAAAAAUGAAGGGAUUGCCUAUCCAAAUGUUGAUAGGAUUUGAUCUUGGUGACUAUGAGACGAGCCACAACACAGAUAUGUUGGAUAGAACCAGUAAAGGCAGUUCUAACCGGAUCUUCAUGAACAAAAGAAAGCUUAUUGGUAAUACAGGCUUUGUAGAACGACAGGGCAGUUUGGAGAUGGCAAAGAGAGCCCAUAGGGCUUCAAAUACACAGCAUUUAGAUUUGAACGUUCCUGCCGAAGAGGGUGAAAUAUGCGACGGUAUCUCAGGCAGUGACUCAAUUCCAGAAAGCUCCACAACAUGGCUGGAAGAUUUCUUGGGACAAGUAGAUGCAGUUGUGGCUUUUAAGGCAUUUGAUUUUGACGCAGUUGCUCAGAAAAUACUCGAGGACAUAAGCGAGUGCUUUCAGAAAGUUGUUCACUCAGAAUGUUCUCUGGAGAUUGAUUCCAGAGUGAUGAUGCAGAUGGUUGCAGCUGCAUGCUUAGGGGACAAGAGGAAAGUGGAGGAUUGGGUCCAACGCGUUCUUGGCCAAGGAUUUGAAGAAGCUCAGGAGAAGUAUAGCCUAACUGCUCGUUCCACUGUAAAACUUGUUCUCCGCGAAGGUGUUUUUCCCGAAGAACGAACGCCAGCAGAAUUCCUUCCUUCUACAAUCAUAUUGAACUGAUUUGUGCAUUAUAUUUCGUGGUGAAUAAGCAUUUAAAAUCUGAAGCCUUAGCGUCUAGGACACCUGAUUUGGCCUUAUCAUCAAUCGAUCGCAUAACUGUUAUGGCGGGGAUAUGUGCAGGUUUCGAUUGACCAGUAAUCCGUGCUUCAGAUCGCCUGUGUAAUAUGUUUUAUGUAAAUUGAGCUUAGUUUGUAGUGUAAAAAGUUUACAAGCAUGAAUGGUAGCAGAAUACUUAAUAAGAUCUCAUCUUUUUGCUGA